UUAAGAUAAAAAAAAGUUUGAAUUUUUCGAAAAAUGGUUAUUCGGAACUUGCACCGACUCUCCCGCCUUUUCCAGCCGGUUUCGGUGGUCCCCAAAAAUGCGGAAGUCAAGCGGCACGAUAUCACUUCGAAGAGUCAACGAUUAAUGCUAGAGCUUGGGAUUAUAAGACAAGCGAGUCCGGGUUGUUUCCAUUUUUUGCCAUUAGGGGUCAAGUCUUUGGAGAAACUAACAAGGCUUGUUGAUGAGGAAAUGAAAAAAAUUGGGGGGCAAAAAAUUAUUUUUCCCACGUUAACUAACGCGAAACUGUGGGAAAAAACAGGCAGAUUGGAGACUGUUUCCAGUGAGCUUUUCCAAAUUAAAGACCGGCAUGACCAGAGUUAUAUUUUAAGCCCUACACAUGAGGAGGCCGCGAGUAAUUUACUUGCGUCGUUGGCGCCGAUUUCGUACAAGCACUUACCUUUAAAACUGUAUCAGAUUACAAGUAAAUAUAGGGACGAGAUGAAACCCAGAUUUGGGUUAAUGAGGGGAAAGCAGUUUCUUAUGAAAGACAUGUAUUCGUUUGAUACCGACCUCGAAACGGCCAAACACACUUACGAUGAAAUUUGUAAAAGUUACGAUCGGAUUUUUAGGAGAAUUGGGAUUGAUUUUGUCAAAGUGGUGGGUUGUUCGGGACAUAUGGGGGGCGAAUUAUCGCACGAAUACCACUACAAAGCGGACGUAGGCGAAGAUAAAAUUUUAACGUGCAACAAAUGCAACUAUUCGGCAAAUACCGAAGUUUCAGGGGAGGAAAAAUGCCCCAAUUGUGGGAACACUUCAGUCAAAAUUCACUUAGGGAUAGAAGUUGGUCACACUUUUCUUUUGGGCGAAAAAUACUCAAAACCGCUUAAUGCCACUUUUUUGAAUAAUCACGGCAAACCGGACGUGUUACAAAUGGGCAGUUAUGGACUGGGGUUAUCACGGAUUUUAGCUGCCGUAAUUGAAGUCAUGUCAAGUGAACAAGAAAUCAGGUGGCCCCAGAUUUUAUCACCUUACAGCGUCAUUAUUUUGCCUCCGAAAAGCGGAAGUAAGGAAGAAACACACAUUAAGGAUUCGGGUCUAGUUGACUCACUUUACGAAAAAAUUGAAACGACUUGCAAUUUACAAGACAAUGUUUUAAUCGACGACAGGACGAAUUUUACGAUCGGUCGCCGGUUUCUAGAAGCAAAGAAAAACGGAUAUCCUUUUAUCGUAACUUUAGGUAAAAAAAUCGUAGAAAACCCACUUUUAUACGAAAUUACUAAUUUAAAAACGAAUGAAACGCUAUUUCUAAGUGAGAAUGAUUUAAUGAAUUAUCUUAGGAGUCAGUUAUCGUCGUUUUCGAGCGACUCUGAUAAUAAAUAACUUCCAGAAGGUGA